AUAAAAGAGACAUUGCAUACCCAGAUUGGCAACUAUUGUUGACUGGCUUACGCUUCUUCCAGCGACCGGUAGCGUGUUGGAUACCGGUGAAUAUUAGUUAAAAACAAAAUGUUGCUCUCUAAAUUAAGGUUUACUCUCCACGUUGCGAUUUAUUCCUUAUAUUUGAGUCUCGUGUGUGCGAAUUCUCAGGCAUCAUGGAAAAACAAUUUCGCAGAACAACUUACCGAAGAGAAUUGGGAUCGUAUGCUGAUCGGGGAAUGGAUGGUGGAAUUCUAUGCACCGUGGUGUCCUGCCUGCAAAGCACUUGAGCCUGUCUGGGAUCACCUUGCUUCACAAAAGAAAAGUUUGAACAUCAAUGUUGGGAAAGUAGAUGUUACUGAUUCUCCAGGUCUCAGCGGAAGGUUUAUGGUAACUGCUUUACCAACGAUAUACCACGUUAAGGAUGGUAUAUUUAGGCAAUACAAGAGUCCCAGGGACAAAGAUUCGUUAAUUGAAUUUGUAUCUGAAAAAACUUGGGAAAAAAUAGAGCCAAUUCAUGGUUGGAAAAGUCCAACUUCCAUACAGAUGUCUGUCAUUAGUCAAUUCUUUAAAAUGGCACAAGUAUUGAGGAGAGUACAUAAUAAACUAAUGGAAGAUUUUGGACUGCCUACAUGGGGAAGUUAUCUAAUCUUUUCAGUUGCAACUAUUGUUUUAGGUGCUAUAUUAGGAUUGGUUAUUGUUUGCCUGAUUGAUUUAAUAUAUCCACCGAAACCUGUGGCACUUCAAAGCAAAAAGAAACAGAAAGAUGGUUCAGGUGGGUUUAUGCAGGAAAAAACUACACAAGAUGAAGAAAUUGUUGAAAAUGUGAAAGACGACUUGGUCGAUGAAGAAUCCGAAGGAGAAGGAUCAGACGUUGAAGAAAAAGAGAAGGAUACAGAAAAAGAUUCAAAGACUGAGCCAAGUAGUCCAAACGUUCGCAAACGUAAGCCACCGCUUAUAUUCGAUAUAAGAAAAAUUUUUAGAUCGACUUUUCAGCGGGUUACGGUUCAUAAUUUACAAAAAUUAGCCAUGGUUAAAAAUACGAAGAAGCGUUUAUCAAGCGUGAGUGAGGCAGCUGUAAAGACUAAAGAUGAGACUGUUUUAAAAAAGAAGAAGUCAGAAAAUGGAGCUGUGCAAAAUGGACAAGCAAACAAAGAAGUCAAGAAAGAAACACAGAAAGUAAAACCCGAUAAAGCUGAGAAAAUAGCAGCAAGGAAAGCUUACCGUGAAAAGCGCAAGGCCUUUAGACUAGACAAAAAACAGCAUGGAAUAAAACUCGAUAUAUCCGCGGAAGAUAUUAAGAAAAAAGUCGAAGCAAUAGAGAAACGUGGAAACCUCACGAAAACUGCUAAGAGGAAAUUAGCCUCGUUAAAAAAAUUAUUACGAGUAAAAGAAGGUACAGACAAGCCUAAGCAACAAGUUGCAAAGAAACCAGUAGAGAAAGGAAAGAACGAGAAAAAAGUAGAAGCUGGAAAUAAGAAACAAGUCCAAACUAACGCAGAACAGAAGAAGAAAGUUCCAGAAAAAGCAGAAACUAAACCAGCCAAGAACAAUAAAAAGAAAAACGUUAAACAAGGCAGACUGCUUCUUGUGAAGCAAGGGGAAUCCGACGAUGAAGACGAAGAUGAGGAAGAAAAGGACAUUGAACUCGAUGAUGAUGCUAGCGAAGAUGAUGAAGAUGUAGACGACGAAGAGGAGGACCUUGAUGAUGAAGAGGAUGAGGAUGAUGACGACGAUGACGAAGAGGAAGAAGAAGAGGAAGACGAUGACGAUGACGAUGAAGAGGAAGAAGAGGAAGAAGGCAAAGCAAAGGGUGCUCCGGGUGCACAAGCAAAGGAAGCAUCCAAACAGAGUCCAGAACAAGAAGGAAAGAAGAAAAGAUAUGUUCUUUUUGUAGGAAAUUUACCGUUCAGUGUUACUCAAGAGGAAAUUAAGAAGCACUUUUUGACUAAGGUCAGCCAAAUAGUCGACAUCAGGAUACCCAAGAAGGAUGACAAUUCGUCAAGAGGUUUCGCAUACGUAGAAUUAGCUAACCACACGGACUACGAGAAAGCAAUAGCUUUGAAUAACUCGUUCGUUAACGGCCGAAGAAUAAAGGUGCAAUAUUCCGGAAGUAACAAGAAGGAAACUGUUGCGAAAAAUCAAAAACUGCAAGCUCUUCAGAAGGCAGGAAAAUUGGCCGGUGGACAGAAGAGAAAUUUCCAGAAAAAGAAUACCGGAUUCAAAGGGCAGAAGAUGAAAACAUAAUCAUUUAGCGGAUAGGACACAUUUCACAUGAAAUUUUUAACAAUAUCUUUCCUGCUACUUGAUCCCGACAUCUAGUAUUAAGUUCUUUUUUAUUGUAUACAAAUUAUUGUAAAGAUUUAUUUACGAUUGACACAGAUAAAACGAUUAUGUAUA